AUGAGCAUCAGCACGUUUAACUUCCAGUUCUACAACUACAAACUGAAUCCCGCGUCUCCUGGCUUCGGCAGUGCCAUGGCUUUGGGCUCUGGCACUAGCACUGGCUCUGGCUCUGGUUCCACAUCCCGCACCUCAACCUCCAACUCCUUCAUCAGCGAACUGGAAAUGGACAUUGACGAGGACAUGUCUGCGCCAUCUGUCACUUCCACGCCAAAACCGCGCUUCACCAGCCAACUUUCCCUGGAGCUGACCAAAAAUCAGAAUGCGGAGAGCAUUCAGGCACUGCGACCCAAAUUGCAUACAGCACAGAAGCGCUGGUCCAUGGAGUUGCGGGAAAAGGUCCUGGAAAUGUCCAAACGGAAUAAUGCUUCCGAUGUGGAGCUGAACAAACCGCAGGCCACAAUGCAGCAGGAGGAAGUUCAACAGCAACUGCAACUGCAACUGCAACAUGAGCCGCAACACUUGCAACAGGAAACAGACGCCGCUGCUGUUGCACCCACUGUCAGCGACAAGAUCAACUUCUUCAACAAGCUGACCAACACCUUUGAGUCCUCCGGCAAUACCAACUCCCAUCGAAAUCGAUUCAUAUCUCUGUUGCGUUCAAGUCGACCCCAGGUGGCUGCCACCACCACCGGUAGCAAUAGCUCUCUGAGCUCCAUCAGCUCCCAGAUGACCGCCACCCAGAUGGUGCCACCACCCAAGCCCAAACGAUUGGGUGCAUCUGCUCCGGUUCCCUCUCCAUUUGCCACGCCCACGGGCGUGGGCAAGGGUGGCAGCCAUCGCAAGUGCUCGCUGCGCCGCAAGCCAUCGAUGGACAAGUCACGGGCCACCAUUUCGCGGCAGAACUCGAGCGCAACUGUGCGACCCCAGCAUCAUGCCAUCAUGGAGGACCUCAGUUUGGUGGUUCCUGUACGAAUGCGCAUCGCCGAGUACGAGCAACGCAUCUCGAUGAGUGCGUAA